AUGGUGCAUGCGCUCGAGCCGCGCGGUUAUGUCCCGGCGGCCAAGGCGCCUGCCCAGGUGCGGCCACGGCCUCCGCCGCCACGGUCGGCGCCGGCCGAGGACGAUGGGCGCCGGGUGGUAACGCUGGCAACGCGGGUGGGCAUGACCCGCUCGCCGCGGGUGGCGCGACUUCUCAAGACUCACUCGGCCAGCUUGGGCGGCGGCGACGGAGACGUGGCUGGUGUCUCGCACUUGCCUGACGACUACCGCAACUACAAGUACGGGCCGGGCGUGCCGGCGCCGCCGACUCCGGCUGAGGUUAUGGCGCAGCGGAAGCGCGACCGAUCGCGGCUGGCAUCGAUCAACGUGCUCGCGCGGCAGGCGGCGGCGGCACGACGCGAGCAGCAGGCGUUGGCAGUGCGGGCGGCCGAGCUGACCGCCGGCGUCGACGCCGCACAUCCGGAGCAAGCGCUUGUGCCAUUCAGGGUGGUCAAUGCGGUGACGGGCGCCGGCGUCGGCUCGAGCAUCUCGGCCUCGUACCUGCCCGCGAUUGCCGAGCCAUCACGCGAGGCGCGGCAAGUACCGAUGCCGCGCGAGCGUGAGAUGGAUGCUCCGCUGGCAGAGCUGGCCGCGCAGGGUGUGGCGAUUGCCGACGCGCUCGGGCCGGAGGCCGCGGCUGCCAUGAAGGCCGCGGCCAACGCCGACGCCGCCAAGCUGACGGCCGGCCUGAGCCACGAGCAAGCUGCUCCGGUUGUUGAUGCUGCCCGCUUUGCGCGCGAGGCCGACGAUGUGGCUGACUAUGGCAACGAGGUAUUUGUCUACGACCUGCAGCUGGUGCAGUCGGCGGCGCUAUCGGAUCACGCGUGGCACGCGCACGCAGUCCUCCCGUCGGCGGUUCUGGUCUUCAACAGGCUCACCUCGGUCGAGUCGGAAGUCGGAACGGCAAACAUCGGACCGGCCGAGCGUGGUGUGCCGCCGGUAGAGGGCGUGCUGUACUCUCUCGACCGCAACGCGCUCGCCCUCCUUGACGUCGUCUUAGGACUUGGCAGCGAUGUGGUGCGCUCGCGCGAGACGGUGAUCCUUGACGACGGCACCGAGCUCGAAGCUUUUGUUUACCGUGCAGCACCGCCGUGCAUCGACAAUUCGCUGCAAUGGCCGUCGACCUCUGAUGAGCUGAUGCCGUUCCUCGGGGCGCGCGCGGUGCUGUCGGACAAGUAUGUGGCGUGGCUCUCGGGUUUGGUGACAAGCAGUCGGCGCAUUGCCGUCGAGGCCGAGGCUGAUGCCGAGGCUGAGAGUGAGGUCGAAGCUGAGGCUGAGGCCGAGGCCGAGACCGAGGUCGAGGUCGAGGCUGAGGCUCAGGUCGAGGCUGAGGCUCAGGUCGAGGCUCAGGCCCAGGCUCAGGCUCUGGUGGGGCUUCGGAUUGUGGCGCAUGUGCCCGAGGCUGUGCGGCUGGCCAAUGUGUUGGGCAUUGCGCCACCGCCGGUGGCGUCGGAGGUGUAUCCAUUUUCGUCCGACGACGAUGCUGACGACGAUGAGGCCCGACUCGGUGCGGCUGACGAGGCCGAGAGCAAUGCGCCCAUCGAAGUGUUUGACACCGAGAACGCAGGCUUGUAGCCGCCAUUGUGGGCGCAGGGUGGGACGUGCCAUUCAUUUGACAAGAGUAAA